UUCUAAUUCUAAUUGUGUACAAAAUUUGUUUGUGUAUGUGUGUGUGUUUGUAAUUGUGCUUCUGUGUCUGUCUCGUAUGUGCCAAACGCCUGAAACGCCCACUCUCUGCACCUCUCAGAAAAGAAAUUCAUAAGUGUUUUAAAGUGUGUGUGUGUGUAUAUGUAUGGACUUGAACCGAAUACCCAAGUGUGAGUGUAGCAACAAGCUGGGUUUGUAUCAUUAACUACUAGCACUACAAUUAAAACUAUUGCCAUCUCCACACACAUUCUAUCAUCUCACCAAUUCUCAUAGUCAUCGUUCACCAACAAACACAUAUACACCCUACUUUCCAAAGUCAUGAAUAUGCAGACUGUUCAGUUUAUGGGUCCUGCACAACAACAGCAACAACCACCACCAUUUCGAUAUAAUGGACCACCAUUGCAUACAAUGCAACAACAACAACACCAACAGCAUCCACAUCAUCAGCAACAUCCACAUCCCCAUCACAUGCUGCAGCAGCAACAACAUCAACCAGCCUGGUUUGUUAAUAAUGGCAGUAGUACAACUGCUCCUGCUCCAGGUGCUGGUAUCGGUGGUGGUGGUGGUAUUAGUGUUAGUGGCAUUGAAUCUGCUGGUUCUAGUUCUGUUACAAAUGCUGGUUUUCUGCCAAAUACAAAUCCAAUUUGUAGCACUACACCAAUUAAAGGAAAGCAACAUUCUUCUUUUCAAAAUCCAACAACAUUUAAUAAUCCAAAACAACAACAUCAGCAACAAACAACAGCAUCACCGUCGUCAGCAUUAAUACAGAAUCAACAACAACAUUUUCAACAGUCAUCGACAUCGUCAUCAACAUCAUUUCCUCAUAAUACAACCAAUAAUCCCCCAGUGGCGGCUACAUCUGCUACAACAACUAGUCUGGGUCAAAAUUAUAUUAAUUGCAACACAUUUUCAAAGGCAUUACAGCAACAACAACAACAACACAUUACAAUGGGUCCGACAAAUAUAAAUGGUACACAACAACAACAGCAACCGGCUCAAUUGCAGCAAUUACAAACAAUGCAACAUCAGCCACAACAACAUCUGCAGCAACAGCAGCAGCAGCAACAAACAGGUGACAACUGAUAAUCAGCAUCAUCAUAUACAACAACAGCAACAACUGCAGCAGCAACAG